AUGCCGCAAAAUCCCCUAAUCCAAGAUCAAUGGCUUGACCGAGAGCUGACUCUUCUGAUAGACUCUGGAUGUGGCAGAAUUAAAAGAAAAGGAAGGCUGGAUCACAAUGUGAAGUGGUCCAGAUAUGGAAUUGCGCCCGUCGACGUUGCCCGUCGAUGGACAGAGUCAAGGAAAGUGAGUUUGUGUUCCUGUGACCGUAUCAUCGGCAUUGGUGGAGACGCUCUAAGAGCGUCUCCACCGGUGUGGUCCAAAUCAUACUGUACCCGUAAAACGGGUACACGUGUACACGAGCAGUUCCGCCGCCGUGAACUGCCUCGGUAA